ACUGGAUAGACAAAUAGAGGAGGAGGAGGAGGAGGAGGCUGAGCUGUAGCUGCCACCACCACUACUGCCCCUACUGCUGCCGCCGUUGGACGCUUUUCACUGCACUUGAGUCACAGGGAUAUUUCGCUCCUUUUUUCCUUCAUAUUUUUUCCUCUUCCUUUUUUUUUUUUUUUUACUCGGAAUUCGAAGUGGGGAAUUUAUCCGUCUCUGGCGCACCAAUGUACCCACUCCACGAGGGCAGCGGUGUGCUCGUGCUGCUGGCGCUCUUGGCCGGACUGCAGAUUGCAGAGGGCAGGGGCACCGCACCAUGCAGGCCAGGCUUCUCUGAAGAUGUGUACAAGGUUGUGGUGCCUGAUAUCACAGAGAAAGGACAGCCCCUUUUCAAUGUGAGGUUUCUCGACUGUGGCCGAGGUGGUCUGGUGAGGUUUGAAUGCAGCAACCCCUCUGACUUCCGGAUAGAGGCCGAUGGAGUCCUGUUCGCCGCCAGGAGUCUCAAGCAGUCCGUGCUCCCCGGGUCCCUGCUGCUGAUUAAGGCCAUUGAUUCCACCACCCAGGAGCAAUGGGUGACACAAGUCCAGCUGAUGCCCUCUGCCCCCUCCACCCACCAGGUCCAGGAAGUCGCCGUCCCUCCAGUCAUGUCCAAGGAUUUGAGGGAAAUAGUGUUCCCAUCACGAAACGCGGACAGCCAGCUCAAGCGCAUGAAGAGAGACUGGGUCAUCCCCCCAAUCAAUGUCCCGGAGAACGCACGCAGCCCAUUUCCGCAAGAGCUUGUCCGGAUUCGAUCGGACCAUGACAAAAACCGCUCCCUCAGAUACAGCGUGACAGGCCCAGGUGCUGACCAGCCCCCCACUGGCAUCUUCAUCAUCGAUCCGAUCGCUGGGGAGCUAUCAGUCAACAAGCCCCUGGAUCGAGAGCACAUCGCCAACUUCCAUCUGAGAGCUCACGCUGUGGACCUGAAUGGCAACCAGGUAGAGAACCCUAUUGACAUUGUGAUCAAUGUCAUCGACAUGAACGACAACAGACCCGAGUUCACCCAUCAGAUCUGGAAUGGCACCGUUCCAGAGGGCUCCAAGCCAGGAACAUUUGUUAUGACAGUAACAAGUGUGGACAAAGAUGACCCCAAAACGGCCAACGGGAUGCUGCGAUACAAGAUCCUCUCUCAGAAUCCAGAGAGUCCAACCUCCAAUAUGUUCACCAUCAACAACAAAACAGGAGGCAUCAUCACGGUGGCAGCAGGCCUGGAUAGAGAGAAAGUGCCCCAGUACACACUGAUUAUCCAGGCCAGUGACAUGGAGGGCAACCCCAUGUAUGGCCUCACCAACACAGCCACCGCGAUCAUCAGAGUCACCGAUGUCAAUGACAACCCACCAGAGUUCACUGCUGAGACGUUUUUUGGUGAGGUGCCUGAAAACCGUGUGAAUGUCAUUGUGGCCAAUCUGACGGUGACUGACAAGGACCAGCCCAACACGCCGGCCUGGAAUGCGGUCUACAAAAUCACCGGGGGCGACCCCACUGGCAGGUUCUCCGUGCCCACUGAUCCAACCACUAACGAGGGCUUGGUGACGGUCGUCAAGCCUAUUGACUAUGAAAUCAGUAGGACGUAUGUGCUGACAGUGGAGGCGAGGAACGAGGUCCCCCUGGCCAGAGGCAUCCACUCUCCUCGUCAGUCCACUGCCACUGUCUCCAUCAGAGUGAUCGAUGUCAACGAGAGCCCCUACUUCGAGCCCAACCCUAAACUCAUUAAACUGGAGGAGGGAAUGCUGCCCGAGUCAACCCUGACCACCUUUACUGCACAGGACCCUGAUCGCUUCAUGCAGCAAAAUAUGAGAUACUCCAGACUCGCGGAUCCAGCCAACUGGUUGAGGAUUGACCCCAACACCGGUCGUAUCACAACAAUUGCCAUUUUGGACCGAGAGUCGCCCUUUGUGAAGAACAGUUUGUACAAUGCAACGUUCCUGGCUACUGACAGCGGUGUACCACCAGCAAGUGGCACAGGUACUCUCCAAAUCUUCCUGCUGGAUAUCAACGACAACGCUCCCAGGGUGUCUCCUCGGGAGGCAGAGAUAUGUCAAAAGCCAGAGCCAAACGCCAUCAACAUCACUGCACUGGAUGGAGACCUGAACCCGAACGCGGGCCCGUUUGCCUUCGAGUUAGCCCACAGGCCCUCUGAUGUUCGGAGAAACUGGACAAUCACAAGAAUCAGUGGUGACUAUGCUCAGGUGAGCCUGAGGUCUGGGCACAUUGAAAGUGGAAUCUAUGAGAUCCCCAUCAUAAUAACAGACUCGGGCAACCUGCCCAUGUCCAACACCUCGUACUUGCGGAUCAAAGUGUGCCAGUGCGACAUCAACGGAGACUGCACGGACCAGCAGCACAUCAUGGCCGCCGGGCUGGGCACGGGCGCCAUCAUAUCCAUCCUCCUCUGUAUCAUCAUCCUCCUCAUUCUCGUGCUGAUGUUUGUGGUGUGGAUGAAGCGGCGCGAUAAAGAGCGUCAGGCGAAGCAGCUACUCAUUGAUCCCGAGGACGAUGUGAGAGACAACAUUCUGAAGUACGACGAAGAGGGAGGAGGAGAGGAGGAUCAGGAUUAUGACCUCAGUCAGCUCCAGCAGCCGGACACAAUAGAGCCCGAUGCCAUCAAGCCGGUGGGAAUCCGCCGUCUAGAUGAGAGGCCGCUCCAUCCCGAGCCACAGUAUCCCAUAAGGUCGGCAGCACCCCAUCCUGGAGACAUCGGAGACUUCAUCAACGAGGGACUCAAGGCAGCAGACAACGACCCCACCGCUCCCCCCUACGACUCCCUGCUAGUGUUCGACUACGAGGGCAGCGGCUCCACAGCUGGCUCACUAAGUUCCCUCAACUCCUCCAGCAGCGGGGGCGACCAGGACUACGAUUACCUCAACGACUGGGGCCCUCGCUUUAGAAAACUGGCGGACAUGUACGGCGGGAGCGAUGACUAGGACACGCAGCCACUACUUGAAGGAUGAAAAGACGGAGGAAAAAAAAAAAGAAGAAGAAGAAGAAAAAAUGAAGAAGAAAAAAGGAACGAUUUCCUGACGAUGGACAUCUAUCUGCAGCUUCUGAUAUUCCCCACGAGAAAGUGAUGGAACUGUGACGGAGAAAAAACAAAACAAAACAAAAAAAUAAACAUUGAUCCAGAAAGUUUUUCAAAAUCUACCAACCUAGGCUUAUUGUUGUAGUCUACGCAUACAUAUGCUUGUUGAAAGCUUAGGCAAAUACCGUGGUCCCGUUACGGAGGAUGUGGGAGGGAACACUGGUGGACUGUCACCACUCGGAUUGUUGGUAUUGAAUGCGCUCAGUUACACUUGAAUUUCACAGUACAGAAGCACUGGGAUAUAAUGUGCCUUUUUGUACAUUUUUUGUUUUCGUUUUGAUCUAAAUGAUUAGUUUUAUGUUCAAGGCUUUAAUGGUACUGACUUUUGGAGUGAUUUCAAACAGUAUGUUACACUCUGGUAUGCUUCUACACAUGCUUUUGUUCUUUUCCUUUUGGUCACACAACGCUCCUGCUUGUUGAAGAUUAUUUAAAUAAGGUACGAAGAAGAGAAUGAAGGAUCAUCCGUUUGCUUUGAUGGAAAGAAAAACAAUUAAGAGCAGCACUGUACAGAACGCUAGACUUUUUUUUCACUAAAAAUUAAAAUUAUGCAGCUGGUUGCAAAUAAAGGGAGUUAUGAAUAAUA